AUGAUCCUCAAAAAUGAUGGGGAUAUAAGUAAUGGAACUCCUCUACAUGCUGGAUCACGCACAGGGAACGAAAAUGCUAUCAGAUUUUUGCUUGAUAGAGGCGCUAAUAUCAAUGUAAUGGAUGAAGACCGUCAUACAACAAUAUUUGAAGCAUCAAAACUGGGCCAUAAGGGUACUGCUGAGCUACUCAUUCGCGCCAUUGGUCUGAAUGGUCAAAGUGCAGAUCAUGAUACUUCAUUGGGUAUCGCAGGAGGUAAUUGCGACGAUGGGAUAUUUCAAUUUUUGCCUCAGUUUUAA